AUGAAUCAAUGGAAAAAUACGAAAUCUGUCCUGACGUGGUUUAAUAACAUCGCCGACAAAGAUCAGCAUUCAUUUAUCGCGUUUGAUGUAGUUGACUUUUAUCCAUCUAUUUCCAUUGAGCUUCUCGACGCUGCUUUAGAUUUCGCAUCAAAUUACGACAUUAUUACGGAUGAGGAACGAGAAAUUAUUAUGCAUGCCAAAACAUCAUGUUUACACAGUUUACACAGGGGAAUUAUUGGGGUAAACGGACAUCAUCUACUCAGAAUAGCCUCUUUGAUGUUACAAUGGGCAGCAUCGUGUGAACUGGUGGGUUCAUAUUUACUACAUCUUAUCACAACAAAGCAUGGAAACAACUUCUAUUAG